AUGGGCGGGGGCGGAGCCAAUGGUGGCGGAGAGGGCGGGGCCGCCGGCGGUGACGUCACCGGGGAGGGCGGUGACGUCGGUUGUGAUGUCACAGGAAGCGGGUCCGGCGGGGCGGGAAGCGCUUCCGGGGGAGGUUGUGACGUCACAGGAAGCGGUUCCGGGGGCGGCGGUGACGUCACAGGAAGCGGCUCGGAGGGCACAGGAAGCGGCGGCGGGGGGGGCGGGGCCGGUUGGGACGUCACAGGAAGCGGCUGCGGCGCGGCGGGAAGUGACUGCGACGUUACAGGAAGUGAUGGCGACGCCACAGGAAGCGGCUCGGGCGCCACAGGAAGCGCCUCCGACGCCACAGGAAGCGGCUGCGCGGCCACAGGAAGCGGCUGCGCGGCCACAGGAAGCGGGCCCCGGCGCCACAGGAAGUGGCUGCGCGGGGGCAGCGGGAAGCGGGUCGGAAGCCACAGGAAGUGGGGCGGAGCCUACGGAACCGUUGGCUGA